GCCGAGGCAGGUCGUGUGACUGCUCUGAUAAACCUGAUUCAUGUCUGCGUUGAUUUCCAGCACAGACGGAGUUUUAUUUUGUUAGUUUUUUUUUUUUCAGAUGUGUUCCGAGUUUCUGGAUCUUUCCACUCGAUUUUAUUUUCAAACAGAUUAAAGUUCACAUCUUAUCUGCAGCACAAACUUGAAAAAACAACUGAACUGAAGCUGUGCUUAAUUUAUGGAAGCGUCUCCUAAACACACACCGUGAGCAGAUACCCCGAGCUGCUGCGAUAUUGGAAUGGAAAAACGAGAUGACGAGGUCGACAACCAGCAGAACGGCACGAUAGGGGGCGACACCCCGAGCUCUGGCACCGAUGGAUCUGCGUCCAAACAGAAGGGGAAGUUCUCCAACCUGGGUAAGAUCUUCAAGCCCUGGAAAUGGAGGAAGAAGAAGGAGAGCAGCGAGAAGUUCAAGGAGACGUCCGAGGUCCUGGAGAGGAAAAUUUCAAUGAGGAGACCCCGACAGGAGCUGAUAGACAAAGGAGUACUAAAGGAAAUCUCUGAGAAUGAAAAUACUAACGCAAAAGUUCCCUCAGUAAAGAAUGGCCACGUAUCCGGGGACCAGGGGUCAGAAGUGGGGUCGGAGGUCAAGUACAGGCUGCAUGGCGAGGACGGAAAGACUUCUCUGGCACCGGAGCCCGAGCGGCGAAGCCGGAUACCGUCGGACGUGACCCGCAACCGGCAGCCCCUAGACGUGGACGCGCGGACACGCAUCCCAUCGGACUCCGAGAAGCGAGAGCGCGACGACGCGAGGUACCGCGACCGCAGGGACGAGCACCGUGAACGCAGAGACGAGAGAGGGGACCGGGGGAGAAGGGACGACAAAGAGGACCGGGAGAGGCGAGAUAGACGAGAGGACCGCGAUUCGAGAGGAGAUUGGCGGGACAGGAAAGACGAGAGGAGAGAGAAAGACGUGAAAGCGGACAGGGAGCAUAAGAGGGACGAGCGGGACGAAAGGGAAAGGAAGGAUGGAAAAGAGCGGAGGGACGAUCACGAGAGAAAGGAGGAACCUCUGCGACGCGACGAUAGAGACAGGAGGGACGAUCGGGAAAAAAGGAAAGACGACAAGGAGAGACGCGAGGAGCGGGAAAGGUACGAAGAGCGAGACAAGAGAGAGGACGUCGUGAGGAAAGACAUGAGGAGGCUCGAGCUGCCGAAGCUGAUCAGGCCCCAGUCCGAGAUGGAUAUGAGGAGUGUGUCCGACGUGGGACAGAAACUGCGGCCCGUCUCCGAAUCCGACCAGAGGAGCACACUGCCACGAUACACACCCACUCAGGACGACCUCAGGGCACGCACAGCCUCUAUGGGCAUGCGCUUCACUCCUUCCUCCGAGUCAAAGGAGCAGCAGCCCCCGCCCAAACAGGCCAUCCUUCCCCCAAAAUGGCUGAUGUCCUCCACUGAAUCUGGACAGGCCUCGUCCCCAUCAUCUUCCUCGUCCUCCUCGUUGUCAUCGUCCUCCUCAUCCUCAGCUCCGCCCAUUGCCAAGCCACCUCCUCGCACCGUCUCUUUAUUGGUGGACAACACGUCUCGUCAGAGUUCGCUUCCCGCGGUGCAGAUAAGAAAUCAGGAGCACCCACAUGCUGCCCCGGAUCACUCCGCCCCUGGUACUGCUCCCACUCCUGCCCCUGUUCCCGCUCCAGUUCCCACUCCUGCUCCUACUCCUGCUGCCGUUCCCACUUCCGCCCCUGCUCCCACUCCCACUCCUGCUCCACCUCCCACCACAUCCGAUGCCCCCGUACCUGUCAAGAUGCCACCUGUUCCCCCUCCCAAACCCACCAACCGUAACAGUACAAUAAUCCUGCAAGCCGCAACCUUACCAAGGCAUGGUAAAGCUCAGACUCCUCUGUCCUGGACCAGACGGAGAUGGCAGACUGAACGUGGUGCUUAUCCCUCUCUACCCAGCUAUCCCUGUCGCCCCCAUCCUUAUCCAGACGCACCCCCGCCACUGGUGGUCUCAAACCCGGUUCCGGCCAAGCGUUCUCCCCCGAUCCCGCCUGCGAGGAGGCUGCUCGUCCCUAAACGCAACUCGGAAGAAGCCUCGUCCAAUCAGGCCGAGCCUCCCGCCAGAAUUUCCUCCCCCAGCCAAGCAGAAGAUACCAAACAACCCAGCUCUCCGGUCGACGCGGUGUCUCCUCCACCCUCGCACAUCCCUCCGUCUCCACCCGGUGUCGCCGUGGAUCCACCGAGCCCCACCACCGAGCCGCCGAGCCAGCCUCCACCCCUACCGCUACACAUCCAGAUCCAGCGGGCACUCGCCAGCCCCAACCCCGUUAUCCCCAACCCCAACCCGGAUGGCAGUCAUCGAGCCCACUCCCUGUUGUUCGAGACGCCGCCAGAAAUCAUAGUCGAGUCGAGCGGUCGACGUUCACUGCCUGUCACCAUCGAGCCGCUUAGACUGCCUGAGGAUGACGAUUUUGACAUUGAAGAAGAGAUGCAAAAGCUGCAUCCUCCACCUCCUCCUUCGUCACGGCAAACCCUGCCACCAGAGCUGGAGACGGGGAGCAGGCGGGGGUUAGUGGGAGACCACGCUGUUAUGGUCAUCUUCGAGGAUUCGGACAGCGACUCAGACGGACCCAUUCACUACAGAGACGACGAUGACGAUGAUGAGGAAGAUGAGGAAGUGCCCACAACUGGUCUGGCAGGCAAAGUGAAACGAAAAGACACCCUGGCUCUAAAGCUGGAGAAACAGCAGGAAAGGGAGGAGAAGCAGGGGCAAGCAGACACCUGGAAGACCCGCGAGCAGUGGGAGGCAUUACGCAGCCAGAUCGGCUCCACCCUGACACGGAGACUGAGUCAGAGACCGACACAGCAAGAACUCGAGCAAAGAAACAUCCUGCUAGCCAAGAAUGAGGCAGACAGGCGAGCCGAGCGAAGCGAGAUCAAGCGCAGACUUACAAGAAAGUUGUCUCAGAGGCCCACCGUAGCCGAGCUCCAGGCCAGAAAGAUCCUGCGUUUCCACGAGUACGUCGAGUGCACGCAUGCUGAAGACUACGACCGGCGCGCUGAUAAACCCUGGACUAAACUCACUCCUGCCGAUAAGGCUGCCAUCAGGAAGGAGCUGAAUGAUUUCAAGAGUUCGGAGAUGGAGGUUCAUGAGGACAGCAGGAUAUACACCAGGUUCCAUCGGCCUUGAGUCGACACCAGACGUCGGAGAGUAAAAAAGUUCUGGAAAGCCGUGGAAGACACUGAUGUUUCAAUUUGUCUGUGAGUUGAGGAUCGGAGCAUGGAGUGCCAAUCCGCUCUGAACUACGCUGCCAUGGGCUCUAUGGGGUUCCUGCUGACUUUAGGACUUUAAGACGGCAGGCAUCCAGGCUUGGGCUGCACACACGGCUCUCUGAAGAGAUCAGACUCCUCCUCCUUCUCAUGUAUAGCACACAGCCUCUGGUCCAAACACCUAAACACCUGAACUGCCUUUGUUGUUUAGGUUUUGUUUGGGUGAUGUGAUGCAUCAAUACUGUCCUUUUUUAUUAUUUCUUAAUCUGGAAUCUUUAUUAAGUUUUAUUUAUGGUAACGAUGGCACUGUGAUCUUUGUACUAUGAACAAAACGUGGCAGUGGCAUCAGCGCGUUGUGCGUCAAGGCGUUUUUUUUUAUUAUUAUUGCAGUUAAAUGCUAUAAAAUAGUGGCAUUUUUAAAGUGGAAAUUUACUUCCCACAGGCUAUAAAUCUAAUUCCAAGGAUUUAAGGACCAACCUGUGUCAGCUCAGAUGAUUCUGAGACUGAGAGCGUUCAGGACGUGCAUCACCAGAGCUCUCUUUAUACCUGAAGAGUUCUUUCUACAGCAGCGUUCCAGACUCUCACAAUGAUCUCACAUUCAAAGGCGAGUCCAGUCUGGACUUAAUUAAUCUACCAGCCGAGAGGGAUACAGAGUUUGUUGGAUGCGUACCCACAGUGUGACUAGUGAUCCUAUUAGUCGGCUACUUCGUUCAGUCCCUGAUGUUUGCGUGAGAGAACAGGAGUGUGUAAUUUUAUUUUAUUUUUCUCCUUCAUAUGCUGUAAGCCCUCUGCCUUAUAACUACUGACAGGAAUACCGUAUUUGGUGCCUAUAAUCUAAUCAAAUCUACUGAUGGCAUUACAGUAUAUUUACCACUGCUGUUUAUCUCCCAUACUGUACAGCUGUAUAAAUCUCAGGACUAGAGUACUACUUAAGACUACCGUCUUCUCACUGUGCAUUUUACUGUUUUUAUUUCAUUUCUAUUUUAUUUUUUUUGUCGAACACUGACGUUGUGCAGUUCAGAUUUUUUUGUCAUUGCUGCCAAACACCAGCGUGGCACUUCUCAAGGGCUGCAAUGCAAUUUAACACAGAUAAAAAUACUGAGAAACUGUUGUUACGAACUUUAAAAUGACAAACACUUUUUUUUUUUUUUUUUUUUUGUACAUUUAUAUUGCUUUCUUUUUGGUCCGACUGUUUUUAAAGCUGUUAGUACAGAUUUUUUUGUACAGAUAAUAUACACUGUAGAUUCCGAUCAUUGUGUAAUUUUGUCUUCCAGAUGUUUUAAAGAUGUUUUAAUUGUAAUUACGGUAUUACUUCAAGAUAAAAAUUGUGCAUAAAGCACGCAAAGGUUAAAUAUAAGAUGCAUAUCUAUGAUAGUGUAAAGUAGUGCAACAUGGUACUGAGAAAAUCUUUUAUUUUUGUCUUUUUUUUAAUGGUGAAAGAAAAGACUGAUGAACGUUCACUUCAGAAGUUGAUUAAAACUCUCAAUUUCAGAUUUCAGACCAU